AUGAUUGCUAAAUCUAAUUGUCCUUAUAUAGAAAGUAUAGAUGUUAGUGAUGAAGAAGAUAUAAAUAAUAAAAAGAAUAUAAAUGAAGAGAAUGAAGAAAAUAUUAAUAAAGAGAAUGAAGGAGAUAUUAAUAAAGAGGAUGAAGAGGAUAUUAAUAAAAAGGAGAAUAUGAAUAUUAAUAAAGAACUAGCUAAA